GGUAAAACAAACGUCUCCGUGAUGGCGUCGUGUUGUUAGUUGUGGUCUGAAAACAAUCCAUUGAAAGGCAGAAAGGCAUUGUUUAUUUUGACAAAUCAAACCACAUUACAUGUUUUUGAUAGGCAGUAUUCCUCUCACUUGGUGGUCAUGGCAUCUGAAAAGGUACAAAAUCUGAAGCAAACGAGAAAAGAUUAUGGGUCACUACAAAAGCAGUUUCUGGCACUCAGCAAUGAUUUUCAGCUGUAUCAGAAAUCUGUGAUAGCAGAUGGUGGGCAUGAAACAGUCAAAGCAAAGAAACUGUAUGAAAGUUGCCUCAAGCUAAAGACAACAGUGUCGAUCACUAUCCAGAAAGCUGCCAAAAUAGAAACAAAGAAGGAAGCCCAAAAGAAGGAGAAAGAUGUGCUUGUCACAGAUUUUGAAAAAUUGUUGGGUAACAUUGAUGCUCUUGCUAAGAAACUGGAACCAGAUCCAGUAGAGGAUGAAUACUUCAGAAAGGCUUCAACUGAAGGCUUUGAUGAGAAUGACAGUUCGAAUGGUGAGGAUAUUGAGGCGAGUAGUGAGGAGGGGGAAGCCGAGGGACAAGUAGGUGAUGAUGGUGAAGAGGCGAGCUCUGGCGAUAGUGACGAGGACGUAUCUGUAGAGGAAAGUCAGGAUGAGGAUGAAGAAGAAGAGGAAGAGGAGGGAGAGCCAGAAGUAGACGAUGAACAACACUCAGAUGGAUCUCACCAGUCUAUUAAUGUACAUUUGUUUGAAGCUGUAGCCAAUUUCGAGGGCCAGCAGAAAGAGGAUCUAAGCAUCAAAGUCGGGGAUGUGUUAGCACUAAUUACAGCAAGAGAUGAUGGUUGGUGGUUAAUGGAGAAUAAUAAACAGGAAACUGGCCUUGUUCCUAGUACAUAUUUAAAGGUGGUUGACCAAGACAAAGUAGAGGAUACAAAAGAUCGUCCACAAUCUAAGAGUUCAGCGCUAUGGAGGAACAUAAAGCAAGCAGUUGCCGAGACAAGUGUAACAGAUGUGCUGUCUGCGUUUGGAGCAAUCCCUGCUGGCUGUAGACCUUCCAUGCUGGGUAAAGUACUAUCAGAGGGGCAGCAUACUGUUGCAUCGUACCUCGUUCCCAAGCUAAGUGCAUCACAUGCUGGUUUCAGGGAUUUAUUCUGGAACCAAAACAGUAACAAGAUAAGACAGAGGGCGCUACGGUUGCUGAGGAUGAUAACAAUUGUUAGCUGUCGACGCAUUCCAUUCAUCGGUAGAGCUCAAAAUCUCGAUGUUACCAGCAGACAUGUGAGAUUGUGCUUAUUUGAUGGUAGCAAGAUAUUAAGUAACAUUCACACUGUUAGGGCCACAUUCACAGAAAAUCGGUCUACCACUUGGUCUUUUCCGAGCAGGCCUAACCACCUGCCGAGUGAUGAAGAACCGACAUGCUUCCUGCGUUCAUCUGACAUGUCAAGAACCCUCGGUGCACUGCUUGAGCUAGGCAUCAGCUUCAUCAGGAAGAGCACUGGUGAGGAAGGAGAGUUAAGUUGUGGCUGGGUACACCUGCCUCUCUUUGACGAGCAUGGAACAUCGUUACACAGCAAGUCUUACGAGUUGCUUGUUCAUGGUGGCACACCAUUUGAAAAGGGAGUGGAAGUGGAUCCAUCCGUCAGUAGGCGAGAGGAAUUCAACCCCUUGCGGACUUUGCUAUCUGGCAGUAAACAGCCCAGGUUGGUUGUCCGACUUUCAUCCCCAUCUAAAGACCAGAAAGUAAUUCUCAACACAUUGCCAGAUGUCCUAGUUGCUCCACUGGGCUAUUUGCACUUUGUAUCCUUCUACAGACAGCUGCUAGCAGAAGCACUGCUUUGUGACAGGACCAGAAUGGAUAGUGCAGAGCUCAUACACUCGCCUCUCUUGUCAACAUUUUCAUCUGCGGUAGGCGUGCCUGAUCUUAUGGAUGCACUUCAAGUUGUUUGGGCAGAAAGAGUGAAGACAACCCCUCGUUCAGAGAAGAGAGAUGCGGAGCACAUGAGAGAGCUGUUUGUGACAGUCUACAUGGAGACUGUAUACCCAUUAUUACACAACGCAUCAUUAGUGUGCUCAAGAUUUGAUGACCACAACUCUACAGAAGCACGCCGUGAAGAGAUAAGCAAGCAUGUCAAGAAGGUGAAGGAAUCGCGCGUGCUUGCAUCACUCCUCUCAAGUGAUUCUCAGUUCGAACCAUUAGAUGUCAGUGAGCUGGCUUUCGACCUACUCAGUCACCACCUCAAGAGCUGAUGGCGCCAUCUAUGAAGUCUAGUUCUAGCUGCUGGACAUUCCUACUGUAUUGAUGCUGAUGCAAACUGCAUUACUACUGUAUUCUCAUAAGACUAUGAAUAGUGUUGGUGAAUAUUUACAGUGAUAUAUAGUGUUACACUAUACGUUUACAAUAUUCUGAGCUCAUAGUUUCUCUGCAAGUAUUGUUGACAACUCUACAUAGUCAUGGUUUUCAUCCUGUUCUAAAUCAUCUUUUAAAUAUAAUUAAAAUUUGCAUUAAUAGAAUUCAUGAAUAUCAAUCCAUUCAACAGAUUCUAGUCCUGUAAUUCUUGUACUUGGUAGGUUGUGUUCUAAAUAUCAAUGUUUUCCAUUUUAUUUUUAUUUUAUUAAUAGACGUUUGGUUAUUGUGUAGUUUUUAGGGCAUCUAAUGUAUUUUUAGAAUGGUUUCUUACAAGAGUACUGUCGUCCGUCCACAUGUCACCUGCAUCCGUCCAUCGUAAUAGUGGUAAAGUCCUAAACAGCUUCAAUUACGUGUUGAUAUUCAUCAUGAAGGUAUCAGUCUGAAAAGAUUGUAUCAGUUCUAAACUGGAUAAUGUUAACGGUCACCAUGAACACAUUUACUGUACAUGUUUUGUAUCAUAUAUUAAACGUUAUUUAUGGAAGA